AUGGCAGGUCCAUACUACAAUGAGACGAGUGAUUACUACUAUCCGAACAUGGUGAGGAACAGCACUACCUCUGAUGACGUCGCGCUCACGAACGGUCCCCUGGGCUUCGGAUGGGCUGUCAAUCUUGAUUCGAAUAAAGAGAAGAACGACACCCUCUGCCUUGAAAUGGAGAUCGUCGAGAAGAACGAAAAAGACAAGAAGUGCUUUUGGAACCCAAUAGAGUGCGGUGAAGGAGCUGGUGAUGGUGGUUACCCUGGAGUAGGACUCUACUUUCGAGGAAUAUUCUUGAAUCUGCUGGUUUCUACGGGAGAGGAACUCUGGAACCUUACUAUACCGGGACCUGUGAAAAACAACAGUUGGAAUGAAAUUGGAAUGCGUUGGGCAUACGAUUCCGGACUCGAGAUGUUCGUCAAUGGUGAGCCUGUCGGUCACGUGAUUUAUUCCGAAGAAGUGAGUCCGGCGAUCGACAGAGAGGGGUCCAUGGACUUCACUGUCGGUUGCCUCAAAUCGAGUGAGGGAGAAUCGAUGGACUAUGCAUACGGAGAGUAUGACGAACUGACCAUCUGGAUGAGAGCUUUGGAUGACAACGACACCGAAUACUUUUUAGGGGGUCACGCCUGUGAUGUUGAACUCCAUCCUCUGCACUGUGAAACGAACCUCGAAAAAAUUUUAGAUAUUAUGGACAACAUGGAGGUCGAGAGUACAGAAGCUCUACUCAACGCUUUAGAUCACCUGAAAGCUUUAUCGGAGGUCGAAGAAGAUCCCCCAGGAAGUGAAGAUGUUCUGAGUGAGAAAAAGAAUGGUGAAGAACUAAAAAAUUUAAUUACGAUUAUUGAUAAGAUGAUUAACAUGACUUGGAACAAGCCAAAUGAUUUGACGUUGGAAGAUCUCCAGGGCUUGAUGGUAAUUCAAGAUUUUGCAAGCAACUUAUUGGAUGAAAAAUACAUCGGAAGCUGGUCUCAUAUUCAAAAUGAAGAUUUCAGGACUAGCGUUGAUUUAAUGAAUCGUGUAAAUGAUUAUCAGAUGCAAAAGGCAAAGCAGACAAAAUCAGAUGAAGAAGAAAUUGAACUAACCCGCAGUGCCACAAAUAUCUUUUCAGAUCUUCGACAGUCUAGGCUUUAUGAUCUUAAAGAUGCUCCCAUCUCCUUUCCAUCAUUCGAUGAUCAUGAUGAUGAAAGAAGAAAGAAGAGAGAAGUCAAUGAAGAAGAGAAAAAAGAAUCACCAACUCUUAUUGUCACAAAUGAAGUGUACGGAAAUUUAAAUAAAGAAAAGACGGUGUCGUUUCUCAUGAACUCCUACAAAGGUCUUGACCGAAUAUCGCCACUACGGAACACUAACACGAUAUCAGAACUUUUCACCAUUUGCACAAUUCUCUCCCACCAACCGCCCCACCAUGGUGCAGCUGGAGGAUUAAAUUUCCAUUGUAUUCUGUAG